GCCGGAAGCGCCCGUGGGCGGAGGUCGGGCUUUGCUGUGCCUGCUGCCCCGUCCACCCCGGGGUCCACCGUCUGACCAGAGCUGGCUUUCCCGGGAGGUCAGGCCGAGUACCGGGCCUGCGUCCCCCGCGGGCGGCCCAGCGCCAGGGCUGGGUCCCGGGCUGCCCUAGCCCGCUUCCCGCUUGCUGGGGGCAGCGGCGGCCGCUGGACACCGGUGCGGGCGCCACAGCACCGCAGACCUUGCCUCUCCCGCUCGUCCAGGCGCCGGGGUGGCGGGCCGACCCCUGGGCGGUCGGUGCCGACGACCGCCAUUCCCGUGUCGCUCCGCCCGCGGGGGCCGCCCGAGCCGGCCGCCAUGCCGCUGGGCCUGAAGCCCACUUGCAGCGUGUGCAAGACCACGUCGUCCUCUAUGUGGAAGAAGAGUCCGCAGGGCGACAUCCUCUGUCACCACUGCACGGGCCGGGGCAGCGGGGGCGGCGUAGCGGGGGCGGCGGGCGGGACCGGGGUCGCCGGCGCCUUCGGCUCGGCCACCCUCGCCAGCACUUCGGCCGGCCCUCCGCAGAGCAACGGCGGCGGGGGCGGCAAGCAGAGUAAGCAAGAAAUUCACAGAAGAUCUGCUCGGCUCAGAAACACCAAAUACAAAUCUGCUCCAGCGGCUGAGAAGAAAGUUUCCACUAAAGGAAAAGGGAGAAGGCAUAUUUUUAAAUUAAAAAACCCUAUCAAAGCUCCUGAGUCGGUCUCAACCAUAAUUACUGCAGAAUCAAUCUUCUACAAGGGAGUAUACUACCAGAUUGGUGAUGUUGUUUCUGUGAUUGACGAGCAGGAUGGGAAGGAGUACUAUGCUCAGAUCAGGGGUUUUGUUCAGGACCAGUACUGUGAAAAGAGCGCCGCACUGACGUGGCUCAUUCCCACGCUGGCUAGCCCCAGAGACCAGUUUGAUCCUGCGUCCUAUAUAAUAGGGCCAGAGGAAGAUCUUCCAAGGAAGAUGGAAUACCUGGAAUUUGUCUGCCACGCACCUUCUGAGUAUUUCAAGUCAAGGUCAUCACCAUUUCCUACGGUUCCCACCAGACCAGAGAAGGGCUACAUAUGGACUCAUGUUGGACCUACUCCUGCAAUAACUAUUAAGGAAACAGUUGCCAACCACUUAUAGCUACAAAAUCAAACCUGGGACAUGUUUAGUUAGCAUAUAUGAGGCUUUGGGUUUAAUCCUCAGAAUAUACAUACACACCCUGAAAUAAAAGCAGAUUUCCAUUUUUCUUAUAAGAUAUGCCACACAUUUUUCUCUUUCAUCUUUUCUUCUUUACAUUUUUGAGACAGGCAUAGUCAAGGCUGGCCUGACCUUGAGAUCUCCCUGUCUCACGCUUCUUGAGUGCUGGGAUUACAGGCGUGUUGCACCAAGGCUGGUUAAUGCCAGAUACUUUGAUGAAGCUCCUACAUAGAAACAUGGCUUGAGGAAUUUUUUAAUCCUACUACCCCUAAUUACUAGCUUGUUUAAUGCCUGUUGCUUAAAAAAUAAUAGGGUGGAAAAAGAAUAAAUUUGAAGUUUAACAUUAAAUUCCAUGCAUAUUUUCCCAGACAGAAGUGGCAGGUACUAGGGAAACCAUUAGAAACAUGAAGUGUUUAUUUUUCCUCACAGUUUAUUCCUAGAAACUCAUAAGGCAAAUUGUAUUUUUGUAUAGAUGCAAAACAUUGAAUUUUGUUUUUGUUUUUUCCCUCUCAAGACAGGGUUUCUCUGUGUAGCCCUGGCUGUCCUAGACCUCACUCUAGACCAGGGUGGCCUUGAACUCAGAGAUCUGCACGCCUCUGCCUCCCGAGAACUGGGAUUAAAGGUGUGCGCCACUACACCUGGCUUACAUUUUAGAUUUUGAUCAAGCACUAAAUGAAAAUGUGACCAGUAUGUUUCCCAAAGCUACACAAUCAUUUUUCCUUCUCCGGAAGCGGACCUAAGCUGCUUUAGUCAUAAAGCAAUUGGUAGGUGAUUUUAUUAGCCCUGGCUCUCUAAAACAUUCAUCUCAUGCUCUCAGACAAACUGCCUUUUCCUGUUAACAUCUGCGCUCCUGUGAGGUAGUUUUUCAGUCGUGCCUUUGGUCCGCGGCAUAGGCAUCCCCUCUUUCCACGCAGGCAGCAGCCCCUGUAAUAACUUUCUGACUAUUGUUAGGAUAGUGACUGGUGACUGACUAUCUUGGAAGUAACUAAUACUAGGUCAUUAGUUUUGAUAGUGAAGACUCAGAGUUAAACCAUUUGCUGAGGUCUCAUGGUGUGCCUCCCCUGCGAACGCCUGUUGUAUAUGUUUCAAGUGCAGUUUGGUCACAUAAUGGGGAAGGAGUGGGCAGGCACCCACUUGCUGUCUCUGUCUUGAUCUAUCCAGAUGGAUAUUUUUAACCACAGGAAUUUAUGAGAAUUUGAUUUGAUAUUAAUGAUUUUCAUCAGGACUCUUUACCCUUUUUUAUAGCCCCAAAGUUGGGAAGAAGCAUCUGUCUACUUUAAAAGCUUAUUCCUACAGUAAAUAGCCAAGCAGUGGUGGCACAUGCCUUUAAUCUCAACUCUCAGGAAGCAGAGGCAGGCAGAUCUCUGUGAGUUCGAGGCCAGCCUGGUUGACAGAGCAAGUUCCAGGACAGACUCCAAAGCUACAAAGAAACUCUAUCUUGAAAAUUUCAGAAAACAAAACAAAACACAAAAGCGUUUUUGGUGAAUAUUGUUGGAAAUGACUUUCUAAAUGUUAAUAUUCCAGUUUGGGAUUAAAAAAUAUUUUUAUAAUGA